AUGCAAAGCAUGGCUUGUAAAAUUUACGAGGAUGUUCUCGAAGACGAAGUUGAUUGGGACGAGGCUACAAGGAGAGUGGAGGAGGGCGUGAAGCCGUCAAGCAGUAACCAUCGGGCGCUCUGCGAAUGCGGACGGCCCUUGCACCGCUAUGCCCGUCUGCCGACUUAUCAGACUUUCCUAAUGUGCAGCCCCACGAAGGAGUGCUCGCGCUGCGAGGGGGACAUCCUGGCGGGUGAGAUGCACUUCGUGUGCGCCCAGUGCCACAUCCCCGUCUGCAAGGACUGUGGCCCAUCGGUCUACAUCCAUCGAGAGUAUGACUACCUCGACUACGAGACCGGAGAGGUGCAGGUGCAAGAGGUGCCGAAGCGUGUGAUUCAUGAGAGGAGGACUCGGUCGGCCCUCGACGCCGAGGCGGCCUGCACCAAGGCGGCACGACAGGUGUACUCCGAGCUCCAAAAGCUGGCACCCGAAGUGGCGCAAGAAGAGGAUGUGGAGCACAAUCGCUGGGAUUCCGGGAACGUGCUGUGGCGACUACUAGGAGCGGAGAGCGAGGCUGAGGCGGCCCAGAGUGCGCUCGCCUUGAUCGACGGGUGCCAGCACGUCCUCGCGGCGCAGCCGUCGCUCACAGAGGUAGAAGUACCUUGCAAGAUAUUUGGCGACAUCCAUGGACAGCUGCGAGACUUGCUCCUUCUGUUCCAUUCCUUCGGCAUGCCUGGGACCCAAGACUGCCCUCGCUGCGUCUUCAACGGAGACUUCGUGGAUCGUGGCAAGCAUCAGGUGGAGACGGCGCUCGUCCUCUUUGCCCUGAAGGUUCUCUUUCCGACGCAGGUGUUCCUCAAUCGAGGAAACCAUGAGGACUCGACCAUGAACGAGAAGUACGGCUUCCAAAAGAUGAUUCUGCAAUCUUUCCCUGGCGAAGCUGGACAUAGAGUCUAUGCUGCCGUCUCCCGGGCCUUUCAGUACCUUCCCUUCGCCUGCCUUGUGGGAGGCAAGGUCCUGGCCCUGCACGGUGGCAUUGGCGACGGCAAGUGGAAGCUCGACGAUGUGCGAAAGGUCCAGCGGCCUCUGAACCACAACCAGCUGCAGGUCCAAGGGAACUGGGUGUUUGUGGACUCUCGUCGAAUGGACGGACGCCUGUCCGACUCUCAUCCUCUGCUCUCUGCCGAGCGCGGUGGUCCCCGUGCCAGGCCCAUGCGGCCCCUGCGGCCCCUGCGGCCCUCGUUCUUUCUUCGUGUUACUCGCUGCGUCGACGAGGGCUCACUGCCUCGCUGGAGGAGUCUUCGCAGGACACUGGAGUCUUGUGGCAUUGAUGAGAGUGUGCAAAGAAGAAGAGGCGCGGUCGCCGCCCACUCUGACACCUCUGGCAUCAGCUUGGAGCCCGAUGCCAUGAUUAUCGCUGCUGAGCAGCUAUCAGCCCCUCCCGCAUCGGACCAAGUCCUUGUUGAGCCGGGAGGGGACUGGGCCACCGCGCUUGAGAGCAUUUCCGCCACCCAGCGAAAAUGCCCGCAAGCAGUUGCCGACAUCUGCCCAGACCCGGUGGACACGGAAAUGAGCGCUGCUGACUCGCUGAGGCUCGUGAGGGCGUCCAGCGGGAUGACGGACGACAUGAAAGAGGCGCGAGAGCGCGCCAGGAAGAGAGCGGCGGAACGUGAACACAAUGCCUACAUGAUGGACCGCUUCCAUGAGCUGGAUAGGAUCAAGAAGCAGGCGGAGGACAAGAAGAAGCGUGAACAGGUGGAGCGAGAAGCCGCACUCAAGCGCAAGGUUGCAGAGAAGUUGGCGCAGGAGGCCCGACCUCACAAAAUCUUCGUGAGCGGCGACGUGCGUGGCAACCUGGACAAGCUCUUGUCUACUGUGCAGGCGCAGGCGGCGAAGGUUGGUGGUGCAGAGGCGCUCCUCUGCGUGGGCCGCGCGUUGCCCGUCAACGAGGGCUUCGAAGGCCUCAUACCCUACUUGACAGGGGAGAAACAGGUUCCAAUCGAGACCUUCUUCAUCGACGCCUGCCCUGCACUUCUCCAGGCCGCACCUCAAGGGCGAACUCUCUGUCAGAAUCUGCAUUUCCUCGGUGGCUACGGGGUCAAGACGAUCUGUGGCCUCCGGGUGGCAUUUUUGUCCGGUGACUACGAUGCUCAGAAGUAUGAGACACCUGGCGCAGACUUUGUCGGGAGCGCAUUCACAGCAAAUGCUGUGAGUGGCUUGAGGCGCGUCGUCGCGGAGGACAAGUGGAAACGGGGUAUCGACGUCUUGUUGACGAGCGGCUGGCCGCAGGGCCUCGACCAGCGCCUGGAGGCCUCCGCAAAGCCUCCAGAAGUGGAGGGCUCUCGCUGGCAGGAUGCUGCUGCACCGCCAUUUGCGGAGCUUUGUGCGGCGCUCGAGCCGCGCUAUCACAUAUGUGGUGCAGCAGACAUCUUCUACCAACGGACGCCAUUCAAGGCACUGCGGCGGGAGCAUGCCUGCCGCUGCAUAGGCCUCGGCCGCGUUGGGAGCACCUCGAAGCAGCGGAAGUGGCUCCACGCUUUCUCGCUCAGUCCCAUGGACUGCAUGAAGAAGGAGGACCUCAAGCUGCUGCCUUCAGGCACCGGCGCCUGCCCCUUCGCGGCACCUGCGGCCCGGCGGGCGGAGGCGGAGGUCUCCGCCAGCCGGCCCGAGAAGCUCGCCAAGGACCACGAGGCCGGAGAGGCCGCCUUGGCUGCGCUGAUGGCCGGGGAUGCCCCCGCCUUUCAGAAGGCACUGCCGGCCUUGAAGGACAGCGUGGUGUGGAUGGGCAACGUGAAUGCGGGGGUGGAGCGGCCCAGUAAGAAGGCAAAAGCGGAGGAAGAGCCGAGGGACGCUCCGCUGCUUGCGGGACCUUCGCCCGUCUCCAGCGAGAGGGACCCGGCCGAGGACGAGGAGGAGGAGGACGCGGCCGAGGCGGCUGCUGCUCGCCAGCAGGCGCAGGAAAAUCUGAGCAAGCCGCCCAAGAAGGGCAUCGUGCGAUAUACCUUCAGAGACGAAGGUUUGCUUGGGAUACGCUUGUCCCGAGACGUGCCUCCUUGGAUUUUGGAGGUUAGGGAAGGGACUCUCUCGUACAGAAAGAACCCUCGCGUUCCAGUCGGUGGGGUCGUCAUCGCCAUCAAUGGUUAUGACCUGUCCAGCAAAGAGAACCCAUCGGCCAUCAAAGCGCUGGCAAAGAGGCCGGUCGUUCUGGACGUCGACUGGCCCAUCGAUAUACCGAUGCCUGCUGCAAGCUCUGCUUAG